AUGGGAAACGCGGAAAGCCAGGGUGUGGAGCACGCCUUCUACGGGGAGAAGCCCACCAGCCUGGGCCGCAAGCACACGUCCCGCUCGCUGCGCCUCUCCAGCAAGAGCUCGCGCCGCGCCAGGCACGCGUCCUCGGGCAAGAGCAUCCACAGGAGCUCCGAAGUGAGCACCCGCUCCAGCAGCACGCCCAGCAUCCCCCAGUCGCUGGCCGAGAAUGGCCUGGAGCCCUUCGCGCAGGAGGCCAAUCUAGAGGACUUUGGGAGCCCCAUGUGGGUGGACCGUGUGGACAUGGGCCUGCGGCCCGUCUCCUACCACACCGACUCCUCCGUGACUCCCAGCGUGGACAGCAGCACCGUGCUCACGGCGGCCUCUGUGCAGAGCAUGCCGGGCUCGGAGGAGGGCCGCCUCUAUGUGGACGAGGCCGCCUUCCUGGGCGAGGGCGCCGGGCGGCCGCAGCGCUACGCGGCCAACGGGCCGGCCUUCGCCGAGACCGCCAGCUUCAAGAAGAAGCGCUCCAAGUCUGCCGACAUCUGGCGCGAGGACAGCCUGGAGUUCUCGCUCUCCGACCUCAGCCAGGAGCACCUGACGAGCAACGAGGAGAUCCUGGGCCUGGCGGAGGAGAAGGAGGGUGAGGCAGCGCGCAGCACCGAGACCGGUGGCAGCCCCCAGCCACUGCUGCCCGCCCAGCGCGCCACCUCCAUGAGUGACCUGUACUCACCCGCGGCGCCGAGCGCGGCCGCCAACGGAGGCCCGCGAAACGCCUUUGGCGGCUACUGCCGGAAUCUGGUGUCCGACAUUCCCGAUCUUGGGAGCCAUAAGAUGCCGUCGGUCGCUGCCGAGGAUGCCCCGUCCUACAGUAAUUACAACACGCUCCCCUGUAGGAAGUCGCACUGCCUUUCGGAAGGGGCCACCAACCCGCAGCUCAGCCACAGCAGCAGCAUGCAGGGCCGAAGGGCGAAAACUACUCAGGAUGUGAACGCAGGGGACGGGAGCGAGUUCACCGACAGCGGCAUCGAGGGCGCAGCCACCGACACUGACCUGCUCUCCCGGCGCUCCAACGCCACCAACUCGAGCUACUCGCCGCCGGCCGGCCGGGCCUUCGUGGGCAGCGACAGCGGGAGCAGCUCGGCGGGCGAUGGCCUCCGCCAGGGCGUCUACGAGAACUUCCGCCGCGAGCUGGAGAUGAGCAGCACCGCCAGUGAGAACCUGGAGGAGGCCGGCUCGGCGCUGAGCGACGAGCAGAGCAGCGGCACGCUCAGCUCGCCCGCGCAGUCCGACAUCCUGCUGACGGCCGCGCAGGGCACCGUGCGCAAGGCCGGYGCCCUGGCCGUCAAGAACUUCCUGGUGCACAAGAAGAAUAAGAAGGUGGAGUCGGCCACGCGCAGGAAAUGGAAGCACUACUGGGUGUCCUUGAAAGGGUGCACGUUGUUCUUCUAUGAGACUGACGGCAGAUCUGGCAUCGACCACAACAGCAUCCCCAAGCACGCCGUGUGGGUGGAGAACAGCAUAGUGCAAGCGGUGCCUGAGCACCCCAAGAAGGACUUUGUUUUCUGCCUCAGCAAUUCCCUCGGCGACGCAUUCCUCUUCCAGACCUCUAGCCAGACGGAGCUGGAGAACUGGAUCACUGCCAUCCACUCAGCUUGUGCAACGGCGGUGGCAAGGCAGCAUCACAAAGAGGACACCGUCAAGCUUCUGAAAACGGAGAUCAAAAAGCUGGAGCAGAAGAUUGAUAUGGAUGAGAAGAUGAAGAAAAUGGGUGAAAUGCAGCUCUCCUCAGUGACGGACUCCAAGAAGAAGAAGACCAUACUGGAUCAAAUCUUCGUUUGGGAACAAAACCUUGAACAGUUCCAGAUGGAUCUAUUUCGGUACCGCUGUUACUUGGCUAGUCUCCAAGGAGGGGAGCUCCCAAACCCUAAAAGACUGCUUGCUUUUGCCAGUCGUCCAACUAAAGUUGCCAUGGGCCGCCUUGGGAUCUUUUCAGUCUCUUCGUUUCAUGCACUGGUGGCGGCUCGCACCGGGGAGUCUGGAGUGAGGAGGAGGACACAGGCCAUGUCCAGGUCUGCCAGUAAACGGAGGAGCAGGUUUUCUUCUCUUUGGGGGCUGGAUACUACCUCAAAGAAAAAGCAAGGGAGGCCAAGCAUUAAUCAGGUGUUCGGUGAAGGGGUUGACUCGGUGAAGAAGUCUCUGGAAGGGAUCUUUGAUGAUACCAUCCCAGAUGGCAAGAGGGAAAAAGAAGUGGCCCUGAGCAGCGUGCACCAGCACAGCCCUGACUGCGACAUUUGGGUUCACGAGUACUUCACCCCGUCGUGGUUCUGCCUGCCCAACAACCAGCCGGCUCUCACAGUGAUCCGGCCCGGGGACUCCACGAGGGACGUGCUGGAGAUGAUUUGCAAGACUCACCAGCUGGAUCCCUGCGCUCACUACCUGCGUCUUAAAUUCCUCAUCGAGAACCAGAUGCAAUUUUACGUACCAAAGCCAGAAGAAGAGAUCUAUGAACUGCUCUACAAAGAAAUAGAAAUCUGCCAGAAGGUCACUCAGCACAUCCAGCUAGAGAAGUCGGACACCGCCUCUGAUACUUACGGCUUCUCUUUGUCCUCUGUGGAAGAAGAAGGGAUUCGGCGGCUCUAUGUGAAUGGGGUCAAAGAGACCGGACUGGCUUUCAAGAAAGGCCUUAAAGCCGGCGAUGAAGUUGUGGAGAUCAACAAGAAGGCAGCCGAGGCCCUGGACUCGGCCAUGCUGAAGGACGUCCUCGUUGAGCCGCUGCUGUGUGUCACCGUGCGCACGUACCCGGAGCUGGAGGAGGCGCAGAAGCUGAGGGAGGCGCCACCGCGGCGCGUGGAGAACCCCGCCGAAGCGGCCGAGGGCGCCGCGCUGCCCUUCACCAGCAGCACCCAAGCAGGGCACCUGCUCUGUGGGGACGCAGACAGCUCCGUUGAGACUGCUCCAGAAGAGACGGAAGCGCAAGACUUGGAAUUGUCUGAUGAGGCCGAUAAGAUGGGCAAGAGCACAGAACAGGUCGCUGCUUUCUGUCGCAGUCUGCAUGACAUGAAUCCUUCUGAGUCGAGUGCUCAUCCUCAGGAAUCCACUGGACCCCAGCUGGCCACCAUGAGACAGCUGACAGACGCAGACAAGCUCCGAAAGGUUAUUUGUGAACUUCUCGAAACCGAACGCACCUAUGUCAAAGACUUAAACUGUCUGAUGGAGAGAUACCUGAAGCCUCUACAAAAAGAAACUUUCCUCACACCAGAUGAGCUGGAUGUUCUCUUUGGGAAUCUGACUGAAAUGGUAGUGUUCCAGGUGGAAUUCUUAAAAACUCUUGAAGAUGGAGUAAGGCUGGUUCCAGACCUGGAAAAGCUUGAAAAAGUUGAGCAGUUCAAGAAAGUGUUGUUUUCCUUGGGUGGAUCCUUCCUUUACUACGCUGACCGCUUCAAGCUGUACAGUGCCUUCUGUGCCAGCCACACAAAAGUCCCAAAAGUCCUGGUGAAAGCUAAGACAGACACUGCCUUCAAGGCAUUUCUGGAUGCGCAGAACCCUCGCCGGCAGCACUCCUCCACACUCGAGUCUUACCUCAUCAAACCCAUCCAGCGGAUACUCAAGUACCCUCUCCUGCUGAAGGAGCUCUUUGCUCUGACUGAUGUAGACAGUGAAGAACACUAUCACCUUGAUGUGGCCAUAAAAACCAUGAACAAAGUUGCCAGCCACAUUAAUGAAAUGCAGAAAAUCCAUGAAGAGUAUGGUGCAGUUUUUGACCAACUCAUUGCAGAGCAAACUGGGGAGAAAAAGGAGGUUGCAGAUCUUUCUAUGGGGGACUUGAUCUUGCAUAAUACAGUGAUAUGGCUUAAUCCUCCUGCUUCACUGGGGAAAUGGAAGAAGGAACCUGAGCUGGCAGCAUUUGUGUUCAAAACCGCUGUGGUCCUUGUCUACAAGGAUGGUUCCAAGCAGAAGAAGAAGCUUGGAGGAUCACACAGAGCUUCGAUUUAUGAAGAGUGGGAUCCAUUCCGCUUCCGCCACAUGAUACCUUUGGAAGCACUGCAGGUUCGAGCGUUGGCAAGUGCAGAUGCAGAGACCAAUUCUGUGUGUGAGAUUGUCCAUGUUAAAUCUGAAUCUGAAGGCAGACCAGAAAGAACAUUUCACCUCUGCUGUAGUUCUCCAGAGCACAGGAAGGACUUUCUGAAGGCCGUGCACUCGAUUCUGCGGGAUAAACACAGAAGGCAGCUUCUUAAAACCGAAAGUUUACCCUCAUCCCAGCAAUAUGUUCCUUUUGGUGGAAAAAGAUUGUGUGCUCUAAAAGGUGCAAGGCCAGCCAUGAACAGGGCAGUGUCAGCCCCGAGCAAGUCUCUGGGGAGGCGGCGGCGGCGGCUGGCCCGCAACAGGUUUACCAUCGACUCGGACGCCAUCUUCGCAAGCAGCCCCGAGAAGGAGGCGCAGCAGCCCGUGCACGGCGGCGACACCGACCGCUGGGUGGAGGAGCAGUUCGACCUCGCCCAGUACGAGGAGCAGGAGGACAUCAAGGAGACGGACAUCCUCAGCGACGAUGACGAGUACUGCGAGGCCAUGCGAGGCGCCGCGGUGGCCGAGCGGGAGCUCCGUGAGCGGCUGCGGGCGGCCUCCCUGGCAGGCGGGCUGCCGUGCCGGCCCGUGGACUCGCACGCGUCCCGCAUGAGCCAGCUCAAGAAGCAGGCGGCCCUGUCAGGCAUCAACGGCGACGCGGAGGCGCACGGCGGCGGCGAGGUGGUGUGGGUGCGGCGCCAGGACUUCGUGCCGGGCGGGAAGCUCAACACGGAGCUGUAGGCGGCGCUGCGCGGAGCCGGGCCCUGCCGGCUGCGGCCCCCAUGCGCCUUCCCGUGCCCAUCAACGCGGACGCACUCCACACCCCAAUCCGGAAUACGCUUGCGGUCCUGUCUUACGCUACCAAGGGCUUCUACUCCAUUUUAUUUAUUCUGAGAUAAUCGGGCUGAGAUUUUAGCGGAGGGGAGAACAGCAUCACUGGGAAGCAGGUUACUGUGGGUGUCUUGCCUGCAUGCAGCAAACUGGUUUCAACUAUAGCACAAGGGUUGGAAAGCCGUGAAGCAUCAGCCAGAAGCUCAUCUCCUUAGCAAGGAAACUGCCUUUUUAACCUGUACAGUCGCAGUAUUCUUCCUACUUUUCCCUCUUUCAGUGUAAGAGAAUAUACGUGUAUUUUAGGAGUGCGUGAAGAAAAGGUUUGGGAUUUAUGUUGUGUUGAGUCCUCUUGGUCUGUGGCCGGUCUAACUUAAUGUCAAUGUUGGAAGCUCUAGUUUUACACGAUAUUAUAAAGAUGCCAAACUCUCUUAAAAGAGAUCCAAAUUUAACACUUGAAGAAAUAUUUUUUGUAUUUUACCUGAGAUGCAGGGGCACAAAGGGAUAAGAAUUUUACAGUGUUAGCUUAGCUCCAAGUCUAGGAUACGAGGCUAGCUUCUUUUUGCAGAGGGUUAGGAGUGGUGGUUUUAUAUUAAAAUAUGAACUGGAAACUCUUAUUUAGUAUACCUUUCUUCAGGAAAAAAAAAAAAAGGAUUAUUGUAUAUGUUUGAGACUGGAGUUUAGUUAGGUAAUAAAAGUUAAAAAAAAAAUAAAAUAUCAUGACUGAAUAGCAGUGGGCUAAACUGAUCCCUGAUGUAACUGCACUGGAGCUGGUGUGGUAACAUCACAGAUUAAUUUGGUCCGUUCUCUCUGACAGAGUUUGGGCUUAGGGGACAGGGAAAUCAUGGCCAAAAAGCUGACCUCAUCCACUUCCCUACUGUGGAUGAAACUAGUGUAUUUUAAUUUCUUUAUAGAAACUUUUCCACUGCAAUAGAAUAUGAACAAGUUCUAAACAAGCAAACCUCUUUCACAUUUUGAAUCAUUUAUUUAAGCAUCUAAAACAGGGUAAGAUGUGACUAAAAUCUUAUGUUUUUAAGUAGAUUUCCACAUACAAAACACAAAAUAGCACUUUUUUUUCUUAAAGAUUUAUAUAGCUUUCCCAUUUCAGUUUCAGCUAUGAAAAAAAAAGGAUUAUAUGAAACUUUUUUUGUAUCUAUUGAUGUUUGACACAUUGGUAGGUACUUUGAAAACCUGAAAUUUUUAUAAUAGCUUUAGGAUUAUAUUUUAUAAAAUCCACUCUGACUAUAUUUUAAAACAUAACAAAAAUUAUUCCCUAAAAAAAAAAUAAGAAGAAAAAAAAAAUCCAUCAUUGUCUUUGUGUCCCAGCUAGCAUUCCCCCCUUGCCCUCCCUUUCUGGUUUCUGAUGCACUCUACUUGAUCUUAUGAAAGCUUUCUCUAUUAACUUUUUGCUAUCUUCU